GUUGUAGAUGCUUUCACAAAAUGGCCGGAAGUUUAUGACAUGCCGAAUACGACUUCAGAGAGUACCAUAAGAAGAUUGUCAGGAUUGUUUGCCUGUUUUGGGGUUCCAGAGAUCUUAGUGACCGACAAUGGUACUCAGUUCAUGUCAUCCGCCUUCAAACGCUUCUGCAACGAGAAUGGCAUAUUGCAUCUACAAUCUCCUCCAUACCAUCCUCAGUCGAAUGGCCAGGCAGAAAGAUUCGUGGAUACAAUUAAAAGAGCUCUGGUCAAAGGGGGAGGUGAGGGUGUCCCGGAACAAGUGAUUAAUAAGUUCUUGAUGUCUUACAGAGUUACCCCUAAUCCGGCAGUACCAGAAGGAAAGUCUCCGGCCGAGUGUAUGUUCGGAAGAAAAAUCCGGACAGUUUUUAACAGUAUGUUGCCGCCCAGAAAGACAAAUAAACCCACGAAUGAAAAUCGUAAGGUCAAUCGUAGCUUCCAGGUGGGUGAGAAGGUACUUGUCAGAUCGUACCAAGGUAAUAAGAAGUGGGAACCAGGUGUCAUAGAACGUCGAAUCGGAAAUGUGUUGUACCUAGUCCGGAAAGAUGUCGGGAAAUGCAUAAGACAUAUAAAUCAAAUGCAAAGAAAUGAUAGUACAGUGGUCACAGAAAACCGGCUUCCAUUUCAAUUGCUCGUAGAUUCAUCCCCGAAGAACCAUCAUGAGCGCAAAUAUCGAAAAGACAAACGACGCAGAGAGAAAGCUGUACAACCCUCGAGAGUAAUGGAGCGCAAGAGGAAUGCGACACCCAAGCUUCAGGUGGAUCCAAGAAAAAAAUCUUACACAACGGACUUUAAAGGGGGGAGGUGUGACGACGGACCACCGGUGAACUCGAGGAAGCUGUAAGAGGCUCAUAAGGAGCCGAAGACGUUCCAUCCAAUCACCUGUCGGAAGAAUGUUCUAGAAUUCCAACGUGUAGCUUCCCCAUUGGAUAAUGCUAAUAACACCCUGUACGCGGAUUGGAAGAUUGUAAUGAUGAUUUCGUUCCCACUAAAAACUAUAAAUACCUGAUAAUUUUGUACUAUGUUUGACACUGUUUGGAAUAAUAUUCCUUUCGUUAGUCUUCUGUCUUCUUAUUGCGACUUGGAAGGGUUUGGUGUUCCAGUGCUCAGUUAUACGCGGUUGUAUCAAGAAAAUCAGCUUUUUCAAGAUAUAACAAUAUUAUUAUUACCAUAGAAUUUUGAAGUUGGUAGC